AUGAAUAACAGCUGAUUAGAUAGGAUAACAUAAAACCAAUUGAAAUAAAAAAAUUAUGUCCAUAUGGAGGUUCGCUCUUUUCAGAUGACAACCGCGGUUUUUUAAUUUGCCGCUGCUUCUUAAUUUUUUUCCAACAAAUUAAAGUUGAACUGAGUAAUCUCUCUACAGAUUGAAGCUAUCAUUUGUCAAUCUAUCCAAAAAAAAAAAAAAUGACAAAAAGGAGAAGAAGAACGAGCCACCCAAAGAGGAAAUCACCAAAAGACCCAAAAACAAAAGCCCAUGAAUUUGGAGGAAGACAAGAUAUAAUUUCCAAUUUGCCUAUUGAAAUUAUCCGUCAGAUUCACUCCCUCCUUCCACUUAAAGAUGCAGCCAGAAUUAGUAUUUUAUCCCACUUAUGGCGUAACAUUUGGGUUUCUAACCCUAAUAUUCAUUUGGAUGAAACUGAUUUUGGGGCCAACUUUUACAAAUACAGUGAUACAGACAAAGAUAAAAGAGAUGCCUUCUUAAUUUACUUGCAAAAAUCCUUGGUAAAUCGUCACAAGUGUGAAUAUGAUUGUGCAGUUGAUACGCUCUAUCUUCGAAUUACAGUUGAGGAUUCUAUUGAUGAAUUCCUGGUCGAAAACUGGAUUGAUUUUGCCUUGCAAAAUAAGGUUAAAACGUUACGUCUUAUUUUAAGAACCACUUAUAGUGAGUGGUUUGAGUUGUGUAAUAUUGAAUUUAUAGCUGCUACAUUGGUUGAGUUAAAGCUAGAGUAUUGUGAGAUUAUAGAUUGUUCUUUUAUGCUUCCUAGUUUAAAGUCGCUCUUUUUAGAUGAUGUCUGUAUUGACGAUGAUGAUUUUAAUGAUCUCAUUGCGGGGUGCCCUCGAAUUGAAAAGUUAGAGAUUGUGUGUCCCGCAACGGUGUGUACUAUGGUGCUUUCGAAUCCUAGGUUGAAAUUUUUUGGAUUGCAUUUUCCUUGUUGUGAUAGUAAUGUACUAAUAGAGUCCAAGAAUCUUGAAACCCUUGAAUUUAGUUUCGUGUGCGAGUGCAUGUGUGAAGUAGAGAUUACUUACCCGACAACAGUCAGAGAGUUGUCAUUGCAGGAUUCUUAUAACCUAGAAAGCACAUUGUUGCAUUAUAUAAACAAAUUCCCUCUACUUGAGAAACUCGUGUUGCCAAAUGGUACUUGUAGUUGUAUACAAGUUUCUCAUCAGCAUCUGACAAAUUUUGUGGUGAACGUUCUAGAGGAAGUAGAGGAGGUAAGAAUAGACGCUCCUAAGUUAAAAUCCUUUGAGUACACAGGUGGUCUUAUGUUGUUUACUGGAAUUGAAGCUUCACGAGAGUUGGAAUUUGUUCAUUUGCAUUUAAACCCCGAAAUGCUCAAUGAUGAUUGGUACAUUUGUUUAAGAGAUAUGUUGGAGUCUUUUGCUCAUUCCAAGCAUUUGAGGUUGAUUUGCAAAAAUGAACAGGAUAUCAUCUUUCCUAACGAGAUAACUGAUAUAUUACUUCCAACAAUCAAUGAUCUUGAGAAUCUGGAAUUGCAAAUUGAAUCAUCUACUGCUACUUCUCAACAAAUUAUAGAUGGUUUUGCUUGGAUUCUUCCCCGAUUGAAGACUUUGUCCUUGACUUUGGGUUCCAUCUCAAAACUCAUUGAGUUUCCAGAUAGAAGACGCGAAGGUGCUUUCAACCAGGAGGAAAAACUGGAACACGAACGAAUAUGUGGUGAAUAAUAGAAAAUUCUUUCGACUAUUGGCAACAACUGUUCCAUGGCUUGAUCAAUCAAACUAAGGCGCUUGGACACUUUCUGGAAAGUAUUUUGGAGAAGUAAUUUGGGGAAAAGGUAAUGCAAAGAGAAUGUGUUGGCAUAACUGUAAUUCUUUAUGAAGUUCUGUUUGUUCCUCUUUAUAUGUAGAUUUAUCACUUCAAAUCUUGCUGAUGUUAGGAGUAUAAAGGCCCCAUGUUCCAAUUUCAGAAAUGGUGUUGCUUUUAGGGGAAUGAUCACUUGAGUUGUAGUAGAUUUAUUUCUACCACUGAUUCUUUAUACAUUCAGUAAAACACCGAAAAUUUUUCCCA